CCUGCAGCAAACGCGCACUCACCCAUCAUUCAAUUCCACCGAACGCAGCAGUGAGUGCAACGCUCAUCAGCGCGCUGACAGGCUGCGCUCUCCUUUGCUUUUCAGUCGUCCUGCUAGAACAGAUUUCGCAUUUGCUCUGGUCGUUGAUUCAGCGCAAGUAGGCUACUUUUGGAUACAUCAGUUGCUCAAAACGAUCUACAAAUGAUUUACACAAUUGUAAUUGCUAUCUGAGGUAUUUAAUAUAUAUAUAUAUAUACUGUAGCCUAUUGCCUCUUUGACAUAUUACACAUAACUGUUAGAUAUGUGGUGAUGACCGUCACCACUUUGGUGCACAAGAUACCACUGUGCGUAAUGGGAGGACAGGUGUAUCAUACUUUAAGUGGAAGCCACGGGGCAGAAUGCUGCCUUCCCAUGGACUUUCACUGAUGCCCAGAAGUGGAAGUCGGAAUACUCUUGGCUGAAAUAACACCUUGUCAAAAUGGAGCUAAUGUGGCGUACAAUUUUCACAAUAAAAGGUGGGAUGUGAGAUUAGUGUCUUCAACCCUGAAACAGAGCCAACCCAGCCCUCCUCUGUCAGCAUGGAUCCCUGGCCUCUCCUUCCGUCGCCCCCCAACCUCUCCCUCCCCGAGCCCCUGUACUACGACAGCUACUUCCCAGGGAACGAGUCUGACCUGGGGUCCCGGAAUGACACUCCGGAUGAGACCCACCAGGCCUUCGACAAGACCAGCUCCGUAGUCAUCACCUUCAUCUACUUCACGGUGUGCGCCGUGGGGCUGACCGGCAACACCUUGGUGAUCUAUGUUAUCCUGCGCUACGCCAAGAUGAAGACGGUGACUAAUAUCUAUAUCCUGAACCUGGCCGUGGCCGACGUCCUCUGUAUGCUGAGUCUACCUUUCAUCGCCGUGCAGCUGGCCCUGGUCCACUGGCCCUUCGGCUCCGUGCUCUGCCGCCUGGUCAUGACUGUGGACUCCCUCAACCAGUUCACCUCCAUCUUCUGCCUCACGGUCAUGAGCGUCGACCGCUACCUGGCCGUGGUCCACCCCAUAAAGUCCACCAAGUGGCGGAAGCCACGCGUGGCUAAGAUCAUCAACCUGACCAUGUGGGGAGUGUCCCUGCUGGUCAACCUGCCAAUCAUGAUCUUCAGCGGUCUGAUGCCCAAUAAUAACCAGGCUUGGGCGUGUACCAUUGUGUGGCCGGAGCCUCAGGGGGCCUAUCAGACGGCCUUCAUGUUCUACACCUUCCUCCUAGGUUUCUUCCUGCCGCUCAUCGUCAUCUGCCUCUGUUACCUGCUCAUCAUCAUCAAGGUGAAGUCGUCAGGCAUGCGCGUGGGCUCCACUAAGCGUAAGCGUUCGGAGAGGAAGGUGACCAGGAUGGUGUCCAUCGUAGUGGCCAUGUUCGUGCUCUGCUGGCUGCCCUUCUACGUGUUCAACGUCACCUCGGUGACCGGCACCAUCGACACCACGCCCGUCCUCAAGAGCACCUUUGAGUUUGUGGUGGUGCUGGGCUACGCCAACAGCUGUGCCAACCCCAUCCUGUACGCCUUCCUGUCGGACAACUUCAAGAAGAGCUUUCAGAACGUUCUGUGCUUGAAGAAGGUGGCGGGCCUGGAUGAGGCAGAGCGCAGCGACAGCCGCAUGGAGCGAACGCGCAUGGUCAACGACGUCACCGCGGAAAUGCACAACGCCGCGCUGCUCAAUGGCGAGCUGCAGACCAGUAUCUGAGUGUGUGUGUGUGUGUGUGUGUGUGGAGGCUGCUUGUGUGUCUCCUUGAGCAGAUGGACAGUGUGGAGCAGUUGGAAGGACUACUCAUAUUAAAGGCACUCUUCUAUAAUCUCCUGUACAGCGGCCCAAACACCAGGGGGGGUCCAGCCCCCCCCCGCCCCACCGGGUGCAUCUUUUGGUUUUUGCCCCCAGGACUACACAGCUGACUCAAAUAACCAACUCAUCUUUAAUUGUUUGAAUCAGCUGUGUGGUGCUAGGGCAAAAAAAAAGAGCGUGCACCCAGGCGGGACCCCGGAACCGAGAUUGGGAAAACCUGCAUUAGAACACAUCUGCCAAGAUCCGUCUCAGAAAAAGAAAAAGACGAUGGAAUGGAAGAAGAUGAAAAAGAGGUCUCUCGUGUUUCAUUGGCAUGGAUUGAUACGUACUGUCUUGAUCAGGGUAUGAGAAAGCACACUUUUGAUAACCAUCUUAUUUAUUGAUCAGGAGAGAUGAUACUCACCAAGCCAGAUGUCCUCUGACUGAAGCUGGAGACUUUUGAGUUUUGCAUCCAGGAUCAUUGAUCAUUGAUUCUCCGACUUCAAACGAUCUUGAUGCUGUACAUAGACAUGGUUUUCUGUGAUGUGUUUUUGAUCUCCUUGUAAACCCCGGUUUAGCAUAGAUCACACCCCAUGUUAACUUCCCCUUGUUACUACCAUUCGUCUGUCGGCAGUUAUCAAGAUCAAUACUCUGAUUUAUAGUUGGCUCAACCUUUAGAUGCUAGCACGGCCAAACACACAACACACACACACACACACACACACACACACACACACACACACACACACACACACACACACACACACGGUCUCUGAGAUGGGCUGUUCGUAUACUGUGUACAGUUUAUAAUCUGGUAUGACAUUUUCUCUUCUGCUGUCAGCACUAGUUGGCUUAAAGGUGAUAUGCUCCUAGCAUAACCAAGCUGUCGUGGUGCCAAUCUUGUUGCUCCUCAACAGGAGGAGUUGUGUUUCAGCAUCAGUUCUAUGCUGUCAGAGUGACACUGAUGAUUUCUGAAUGGACAGUAUUGCAUCACUGAGGGAGCCACAGCUGCAGUGUUUUGGUUGGUAGAGAGAUGGGUGCAUUUCACCACCACAGUCCAAGGGCAAUGUUGUUAUCUCUCUAAAUGUGUACAGAUGGAGAAUCCAUGGUUCUGUGUGUGUCUGUGUACUUGCCUGCCUUCCUCUGUGUGUGUGUGUGUGUGUGUUUGUUUUCCCUGGAAGGCCUCACCAUGUUAGGGUGUGUGUGCGUCACUAUUUUCACAGCCCAUUAAAGGAAAGAUUCACCCAUUUUGAAUGUUAUAUUGUUUUGAUGCAUCUCUGAGCGAUGUUCUAUCAAUUCCCGGGGACAUUUCAUGUUUUCAUGUGUAUCUGAGCUAUUGCCGUUCAAGCAGGCAGAAAUCCACCCGAUAUGACGUAACACUGUGAUAAAGCCGUUCUUGCUACACUAGAAGUUAAUAGGAAUACGACUUUUAGAUGGUGAAAACGUCUAUCAUACUUGUCAGAUUUCAAUACUGACCGAUGCCAUAACACAGGAGGUUGUCUUCUAUCUAAUGAGCCAUUGAUCAUAUUUUUGCGAUAUUCCUACCUCGAGAAAUGUUUAAUUUAACAGAGGGUCCACCACAUUUUUCCUAUUUGUCUGUCUCUUCAGUCCAGGGUGCAUUGCAUGAUGCCGUUGCAUGGCCAUUGAGAAUGUCAGACUCCACUCUGAGGCACAUCGAUCUGCAGGUUGAACAUUGUAAUAUAGUGAGAAAAAAAAUGUUUGGGGGGGGGUGAUUUUACAGCUAACUAGCUACUUUACAUGCUGAUAUUGACUUUGGUAUUACUGUGUGUAACUACAUUUGCUAGCUAGCAGCCUACCAAAUUAGCCAGCAGCCCACCAGGCUAGCCAGCCAGCCCACCAAGCUAGCCAGCCAGCCCACCAAGCUAGCCAGCCAGCCCAUAGAGAGAGCAUUGCAUUGUGUGUGUUGUAGUACACUUUAGCUGCAACAGAUUUCCACAACGAUUUCCACAUGUUGCUACCAACCUCAACGACAAAAUGAAACAUUUGUUCACAAAAAAAUUGCCUUUGUGUAUUAGUGUUAUUUAACACAGUAAAUGAUAGGAAUUAAUGAUUCUCUUUAACAUAGUGACAUCAGGCAUUGUAAUUAGCAUCAUUAUGCCAGAGGCAGUUGAACUCUCUCUCUCUCUCUGUACAGUAGAUUAGGUAGACCGUACAUGGAUUUAACCCAAGAGGACGAGGGCGUAGGAAAAAGACAUAUAGGAUCAGGAGGAUGGAACCUCAGCCUUCUCUCAAUGUGUCGUUCAUUUGUGAAGGGGUAGAAGCUGCUAUCACUACCUUGUUCCUGCACACAAACACACAGAUACAGACUGACACAGACAAAGUCCCAGACACCUUGAGGAGAACAGGUGGUGUUUGUAUGGAGGAACUAUCUACACACUGCCUCACCCGAAAUGUACUUACAGGAGAGCAAAGAUGGCAGAUAUUAGAUAUAAUAAGGUCAUACAUUCUUCUACAGUAAGCACCUAUUGUCCUCUGUGUGUGAGCAAUGUCUCUAAGUCGCUUGUUUUCACAUUUUAGGUCCCCACGAGGAUAGAACAAAAUGUGUGUGUGUGUGUUGAGUCCAAUCUCGAUUGGCAGGGAGUCAGGGACUGCCGCUUGAUGUCACUCAUCAUUUGUGUCGCCAUGACUCACUGCGGUCACUAGGGUAUGUACUGAACACUGAGUCAAUGUGCACACAUCUAUCUAUCUAGCCCAUUCAUUACGGCGUAUCAGCUGUGGCAGUGUUCCAAUAAAAUCUACUUCAUUAGUGAAUAAAUGAACGCUCCUUGAACCUUAAAGGAAACAUGAUCAUAUAGAUGGUCAUCUGGAGAGAUGGCAUAAGUACAGAACACUGUGUGUGUGUGUAAUGAUUGCUAACUAAACAAACGACCCACAGAGAGCGAGAGGAAGGGGUCGAACACGGUCGUACACUGUCCUCAAACGCAGUCUUUUCCGUCGGAGUAAAAGCAGAGGUCAGCCCACACCAUCCCUUUCAUCAUGUCCAGGGUCUGUCUCUCAGGUUCAAGCGUCAAAAGUGGUUCACCUCGAAAUGACUCAGGGGCCGUACACUACUGACUGGCAGUCAAAGGAAGGAGCAGUUCUCAUAAUCAGAUAGUUUUUCUCAAUAUCAGCUCCUCUUCUUGCUCUACAAGGUGAAAUACAGUAACCUGAUCCCAGAUCUGCUUGUGCUCUUGCCAACUCCAUUGCUGUCAUUGUUUGGCCUGACAAACAUGUUUGGCCUGACAAUGAGUUUUCAUGAUAGCACAAACAGACUGGCAAACGCAGUUGAUGCUAGAUACUAGAGUACAUGCAGUAUCCUCACUGAAAGAGGAGAGUGAGUGUGGAGUGGCUCGCACAUCGUUUAAUUUUAGCUUCAGGUGAUGUGCAGCACUCGCAUGAGUUAUGUUUGUAAAUUAAUUUUGAUCAAGCUAUGUAGCCUAUUGAUUCCUUCUUGAUGAAUAAAUAAAACAAAAUGUUUUGUUGUUUCUCUGUAAUGCUAGCCCUCUUGAGGUUUUAUGAGGUUGGCUUUAGGGAACCUAUCUCCCAACCUCAUAACUACCCACUGGGCACACACUGGUUGAAGCAUCAUUGUUUUGUUUCAAUGAAAUUACGUUGAGCCAACAUGGAAUAAAAGUUUAAUUGACGACUGUGCCCAGUGGGUAGCUACCAAGCUAUUGAGACUAUCAACAGUAGUGUACAGUAACUAAGUAAAGAUACUUUGAAGUACUACUUAAGUAUUUUUGGAGGUAUCUGUACUUUACUAUUUACUUUACUUUUACUCCACUACAUUCUUAAAAGAAAAUAUGUAC